CUCCCACCACCCAUCCCGCUAUUCACGACUGCCACCACUGCCGUGCAAUCAUGUACCGUUAUACCGACCUUCGUUCGAACUGACAAUGGAUGACAUCGCUUAAAUUCCAGCUGGAGAUACAAUCCGGUUCUACAGCCGUUCGUGGGAAAUUAAGCGGCGCGCAACAUAAAGUGAGGAAAAAUGCGGCGAGCGAUGGUGAAAUGUAAUCGAGUGCAGACUGAGGUGAUAACCGAGGGCCGGUGGAUAGAGGAAGACCCGCUGCCUCACUCCAGCAAGCAAAUAGUGCUUGUCAUCACGGGGAACCCAGGUAUUCCUGGAUUCUACGAAGAUUUUAUCAAGGCGAUCAGCUCGAAACUUUCAUCCGACACGCCUGUAUGGGUCAUUGGUCAUGCUGGACAUGUGCAACCCCCAGAAAACCUGGACAUCGCUAUGCCCAGUAAUAAGCAGUGGCAGGAUCAUUAUAGUUUGACAGCUCAAGUCCAGCACAAGAUAGAAUUCAUAAAGACAUACGUUCCGGAGAAUGCUCAGCUACAUCUCAUCGGACAUUCUAUAGGUGCUUGGGUCAUACUUAAUUUACUGAAGGAUCCCGACAUCAACAAGAGGGUAAAAAGGAGCUACUUGUUGUUCCCAACGAUAGAACAUAUGGCAGAGAGCCCCAAUGGCAAACUGUUCUGUAAUAUUAUAUCACGUACAGCUCGAAUAUUGAUCAUCCUAUCUUGGAUCUUUUCCAUGUUCCCAUUAUUUCUGCAAACAUUUAUGAUAAGUAUCUUUAACUUUUUUUAUGGCAUUCCAGGAAAAUAUAACAAGAUAAUUCAGACAUUGCUGAAUCCAAGAGCCUUGUACAGAGUAAUUAAACUUGCAAAUGAGGAGAUGAAAUAUGUUAGAGAAGCAGAUCACGACACCAUAUCUAAAAACAAUGAUAAACUUUGGUUUUAUUAUGGUACAGUUGAUAAUUGGGUUCCAGUUGGAUAUUAUAAGAAUAUGAUAUCAAUACAUCCGGAUCUCAAUGCUCAAUUGUGUCAGCGUGGUUUUUAUCACUCGUUUGUAUUAAAACACUCUGUGGACAUGGGACAUAUUGUUGGUGAUCUCAUCAACAACGAAUAGCUCAAAUAUUCUAGACAUUGAUAUUUCUAAUAUAAGUUUA